AUGUUCAAAACUGAUUUUUUUUUUUUUAAUCUCUGUAUGGAAUCUGUUUUGUUAGUACUUUUUUUUUCCCUCUUACUUUUGAACAAGGGCAGAAAGAAGAAGUGGGAAAAAAAGAAAAAGAAAUUAUUUUAUAGUUGUUCAGUUCAGUUCUAUUCUGUUGUAAUUGUUGUUGAUUGCAGUGUUAACCCAGUUAAAAAGCAAAAAAAAGCAAACAUAUUUCAACUGCGUCUGAUUGCGGCACUAACCACACAAUUGUUCAAUUUCUUUUCAUGCAAAAGAGUAUAUAAUGACAGUUCUAUUCAGAAAUAUUCAUGUGUCGAUUUAAAAAGAAUAAAAGUUUCUUCAAAAUCUCUUGCUUGCUAA